AUUUUCUUGGCAAAGUCUCUGGCAACGCUGGUUAUAAACAAUUUGCGCAGUGCAUUUAUAUUUUUUUCCGUAAAAUUUGUAAAAAAAAAAUGUUUGCUUAAAAUAUAAAAAAGCUGUAAGAAAAUAUUAUGAAUUUAUCACAAGAUACACGUUUAGCACCUCCGACAGGCUUAAGAAAUGGCUGUGGUCCACACACUUCACCCACAAAAUGCUCCGGCUCCAAUAACGCAACAACCGGCAAAUCGAAUUACAAGAACAAUACGAAGCCCUACAGCAACAGGGAGUUCAACAGUAUUACAAGACAAGCUGAUGAGAUGCAGUACCACGACUUUAAUACUCAAAUACAAGAAAUGUUCGAAAAAUGUUUUCUUUAUCAGAAAUAUUCCACAUCGAAUUCCUGGUGCCUACCAAAGGCCAAUGAACUGUUUAAAGAAUAUUAUCAAUUGGAGACAUUGCAAGAGUUGAAAAUAAAAUUGAAUCAGGUCAAGAGUAAAUUAAAUGAUUAUGUUAUUGAGGAUUGGUCAUUGCAUACAAGACGUCAGGAUCCUGCCGGCGAGAUACCUUGGCGUUUGAAAUCCGAAACAAACGCUGAAUUUGUAACAAUUGCCUGGUGCAAGAUGUAUGAAUGUUUGGGUAGAUUUCCAGAAUUGAUUAAAGGACCGCAAGUAAAUUCAUUGCAUUUGUGUGAAGCUCCAGGGGCUUUUAUUACGGCGUUCAAUCAUUAUUUGUAUACGAAUUAUGAUAAAAAUGAGGUGCAGUGGAAUUGGUUAGCGACCACCUUAAAUCCUUACUAUGAAGGCAAUCCUGUUAACAGGAUGAUAAUGGAUGAUCGUUUUCUCUUAUACACACUCGACAAUUGGCUGUUUCAUAAAGAUUUUACGGGCAACAUAAUCGAUACCGAAAAUUUACAACAUAUGCAACAGCAAUGUGAAAAACGUUUAGGUGAAGUACAUCUUAUAACGGCUGAUGGAUCGGUCGAUUGCAUAGAGUCACCCGAUUGUCAAGAGGAAAAGGUUGCACUUUUACACUAUGCCGAAAUAAUCACAGCUCUCAGCAUAUUGGCCGAGGGUGGAGCGUUUGUUAUUAAAAUGUUUACCAUGUACGAAGCCUCAUCGGUCAGUAAAUUAUUUCUAUUGAAUUGUGCUUUCGAAAAGGUGCAUGUAUUUAAGCCAUGCACUUCCAAACGCGGCAACUCCGAGGUGUAUGUUGUAUGUUUGAAUUACAGAAAAGAAGCAACAAAUUUGUCAGAAAUUGUAGAGAAAAUGAAAAUGAAAUUAAAUCUUGAAAAUGCCAUGCUAUGGCCAUUGUUUGCUAAAUCAUCGCUACCAGUUGAUUUUCUAAGGCAACAUGAAAUAUGCUGUCGCAUAUUUAUGAAUCAUCAGAUAAAUGCUAUAGAGCAGAAUAUCUAUAGUUAUGAGGUAAGACCUCAUAAAAUGAUUGUAAAGCGUUUACAAAGCCUUAGAACAGCCACCUGCAAUGAGUUCUACAAACGUUAUAAUAUUCACAAACUGCCUGAGGAAUUGAAAAUUCUUUAUAAAUAUCAUAAAUAUAUAGAAAAAAGCUAUAAAAAUCAAAUAUAUAAAGGCUCGCACUCGGAAAGGGAAAUGUUUAAGGAAACAUCCAAAGAAGAACAAAUUUUUAAAUUUCGCAAACAUUUAAAUGAAUUGGAAAAAAUGCUAAAAGAACAUUUACACUCAAAUGAAAUAAAAUAUAAAUUUGAAGAUAUAAACACGGACGAUGAAGCUAAAAUAAAAUUGUCGCUGUACCGGGGUCAGGGUGUCGCCUUCUUGAAUAGCAGUCUAUUUGCCAACGUGCAUUUGUUAAUAAUGCGUACGAAAUUAAAUGAUUUAUAUGUCGAAACAUCAUGCGAUAGUUUGUGGUUGCAGCAGCCUCGAGUGUUAUUUACUUGCAACAAAUCAAUAGUUUCAAUAAAUUUUAAUGAUUUUCUAACAACUUGUGGAAAUUUUUCCCUGCAACAGGAAAACUUUUUCAAAAACAUAAUCUCAUCGCUAUUGGAAUCCCAGCCCAAUGAAAUAAAAUUUAUAAAUUUUCCUUUUUUAACCCAUUAUGCAGUGUCCAUAUUACGUUAUUUAUCGUGUCUUAGUUAUUCACAAUUGUCAUUUUCAUUUGAGAACAAUUUUGAAAUUUCCUUAACUUCUUGUACCCGUGACUUUACGGUCAGUCUGGAGGAACUAAAAGUGGCCUUGUCCAGUAGUAUGGAUCAAGAUAUUUUAUGUUUUAUAAACAUACUACAAUUGCAUCGCAAUGAUUUUAAUAAAACGUUAUGUGCUUUCAACAACAUGUUGCUGUUGCAAAACUUUAAACAUUUAUUACACCAUUAAUCUGUUUUCAUGAAUUUUUCAAUAAUCAUAUAAUGAUUAGGAAGAAGUAUUGUAUCAAAUUGUUUAGGAAUUACACAAUUUCCAUUCUUUCUCUAAAACACUAUUUAAGACUUCUUAUCUAUUUUUAAAUAUACUAUACCGUGUGUGAAUUAAUAAACAACAUUUAAUGUAUGAAUUAGAAUGCUUUAAAAAAUAAAUAAAAAUGAAUUUUAAUACGGAAA